AUGACCAAAACUGAUUGGGACUGUGCUAACAGCUUUUCUAGUUUCCCAUUGGACCUUGAUGCUCAUUCUGAUGAAUGGCAACGUAUCGAUAAUAUUGGCACAUUUGGUGCUGGUGAAAAUCCAAUUGAUGUGACUGAUGAUUUAAUUAGCGAUGAGAAUGAAAAUAUAAAUCUUCAUGAUAUCACUGAUGAUGAAUCUGAAAAUGAUUCUGAUGGUGAUAUCCACUUCUCAUAA